AUGGAUACGGAUCUGCGCCCUCUGGUCGAUACUCUCGCAAGCAACAUCGACGAUGCCGAAGAGUCACUUGCGUCUCUGAUCAACACCGCCUUGUCUGCCAGCACAAGUAAAUUGCCUCUGCUCGACAAGGCCAAACUCUACACUCUCGUCACAUACGCCAUCGAGUCACUGCUAUUCUCAUAUCUGCGCCUGAACGGUCUCGAUGCAAAGACGCAUCCUGUCUUUGCCGAGCUCACUCGCGUCAAGCAAUAUUUUGAGAAGAUCAAGACCGCAGAGACUUCGCACGUAAAGCGCAAUGUCACUCUGGACAAGGCUGCCGCUGGACGUUUCAUCAAGCAAGGCCUAGCAGGAAAUGACGAGUACGACAGAAAACGCGCAGAGCAACAAGAGAAGGAAAAGAAUGGCGCCAAGAGAAAGUUCGAGGAUAUGACCGAGAGAGUUGGCAGUCACUCGCGAUUCGAGGCUAUGAGCAGGAAGAUGAACGAUGACGACGCUGAGAGUAGCGCCAAAGAUGUUGAUAUGAGCGAGUCCGAUUCCAAGAAGAAGGCCGCUUCCAAGAAGAAGGCCGCUUCCAAGAAACAGAAAUCCGACAAGGCUCCUCUCGGCCACAAAGCGGCUUUCCAAGCGCUAUUGCAAGGCCCUAUACCAACCGAGGAAGAGCCAAAGAGAAAGAAGAAGAGAAAGAGCAAGGGGUAG